GAAACUAUGGUCAUUAUCUGGCGGGACUCCCUCAUCGAUUGGGGAACAUCCCUUACGGCUGCAUGCUUUGGUGGUAGAUGUCGCCCUUGGGUUCUGUGAAUGCCUUGUCAUUGGUGUGGGGCCCCCGCGGUGCUUGCCCAGGGAUGGGGGAAUUCUGACAAGAUCCGAUCCCUUGACAACAUUGAACAUUGCUCUCUUUCUCUCUCCGAUCUUUUCAUUUCGGGAAUGAGUUUCGGCUGUGGCAAGGUGGGAUGCGGCAUCGAUGUUCUUGAACUUGCCCUUUCUGAAAGACAUGCUUGGAACAACAUUAGUCUUCGUCAGCUGAGUAGCCAUUGCUCGAUCCCAAGCUCCAGUGGAAGGGAUUCAUGAGCCGGUUGUGAGUGGUAAAUACGGACAAAGGUGACGGAAGGAUCCCUUGACGGUAGAUCGACACUGUUUGGGAGCACUUGAUCGUGUCUCUCGGAUGGAUGCUGGAGGCAUCCAAUUCCCGGUGAAGCAAGUUACGUUUGGGAUCAUCGAAAAGGAUCUUGUGGGGGAGGGUUGGCCCUUCGACAGUUGCACCUUGAAAGAUAUUAAGUGUCCCACUUGGCCAUACUGUUCCAAUUUGAGUUCCUGAUUACCUUUUUGAAUAAUGCUUGCCCUACCUCAGUCUUUCACUCUCGUGGGUGACACGCAUUCUUCGACCGUUGAGGGCCUACUGGUGGUGGUCAGGGGAGUCCAUGAUGAGGAACCAUUUGCAGAUCUAUUCGUGGAACCUCACAUAUUCGAUAUCAGAUUUGCCGGAGAUUUAAGGGCCAUGUCAAUCAUUUUGCUUGUUAGAUGAUUUGAAGUCGGUCGAGUGCGCUCUUGCGACUCACUCACGACACCUUGCAGACUGCUCUAUUGUUUCCAGUUCAAUGCCACAACAUUACCUCGCUUUGUUUUUCUCACUCACACCCAAUGCGCACGAGUAGUUGCAUAAUGUGAGAUUAUCUGGAGGAGAUUGUUAGUGCACUGGCAUAAAUCCAUCACAAGCACACAAAUCCAAAGAAUGUGUCUGCAACGGAAUGCAAAGACUGUGCCAUAAAUAAACAUGCCCAAUUUUUUCGGUGCGAUGGCCACCGGAGUGGAGAUGAUGGAGAGGGACCAAGGAGCGGCGCUGCUUGGAGACUACAGUCCCCGAUCUGCAAAAUCUGGUCGCAGAUCGAUGUCAUUGGAAGAGAAGCGUGCAUUGCCGCCGGUUCGAGGGCAAGAUCAACUGCAAGCAUUGCUACGCCGUCAGUGGCUUCACAAGUUGCAGAGAAGGGGAUGGCAGCAAACCAUCAUGGAGAUACUCAGUCCGCUGCUACUGAUGACUCUGCUGGUAUGGGGUUGGUCCCGCAGCGUGGAAGAAACCCACGUUGCCGAAAUUUUCGUCAAUCACACGUUGCCAAUUUCUUUCAUGCUCAAAGAGAACAUGUUAUCCAAUUCCAAAAGCCUCCUGCAGCUGUGUCCUCCCAGCUUGCUUGCCCAGCAGGUGAACCGUCGAAGUCACCAAUUUUCACCCUAAUCUCUUUGUGCUUUGACCUUAUCAGCAAUAACAGUCAAAUUACGCAACUUUCACCCGAGGAGCUACGCCGUCUAGUUGAGCUAAUUCGGCUAAAAGUUGGGCACUCCUUUGGGGGAACCCUGUUUCACAACCUCACCAGCAAACCCUCGUCCACAAUCACUAAUAUACAGUCAAUGUCACCUGCAUUGGCGGUUCUCAGCCUUCAAUGUGUCGAAUCCGCAAUGCAAAUCACUACUGUCAUUAAAUCCUUCGACGCUUACAAUGGGCCCUUGCCUGUGCCCUCCUUCGAUGCCUUCGUUCAGGCUCAUUUGCUCCUCAAACGAACUCUGAAGGCUGGUGAAGGAAAGCAAUUCGAGGACGCACUGCGCGCACAGCGAUUGUUCGGCAAUGUCCUUGGAAAUCUACUACAGCUGGGGUGCAUUACAUUUGUACCUGACACACCAGAGGUUACCGCCCUUGUGGAGUAUUUGACCACUUCAACCGAGUUUUUUAAAGACGUCUACGGUGGCAUCUUCCAAAGUGAAAAGGAUGCUGAGAAACACGCACUUACAUCAGUGCAACUGGAGAGGCCAACAUGGGCCAUAAUUGUGGUGGAGCAUUUAGAUAUUGUGGGCGGAAAUGUUGACUACAAAAUACGAAUGAAUUUCACGACAGUUCCAUCCACUUGGGAUACACUUCACAAACGGCGGAAGGGACUCCUCAGCUACUACAAACGUUACUAUACUUCAGGGUUUCUCAGCUUACAGGAUGCAAUCAAUGGUUAUGUUCUUCAGCUUGCCCCGAAGCAGAAACAAGCGGAUCUGUUCACCCACAAACCUAUGUGGGCUGCUCCGUUUCCAACACCUGCACACAUGCGUAACAAGUUCUUCCAUAAAGUUGGACCAUUGCUGGAGAUCAUGUUGUGCUUCACUGCUUUUUACCCUCUUGGUAUGUUUGUUAAGGGUAUGGUGGAGGACAAGGAGAGCAGGGCUAAACAGACAAUGCUAACAAUGGGGUUAAAACCUUGGGUAUUUUCUGUGUCUUGGCACAUGACUUAUUUGGCUACUUUUAUGCUGAAUUCGAUAUGCAUGACAAUACUCAUGUCUAUGACAAUUUUCCAUAGAAGUGAUCCGAGUCUACUAUUCGUCAUGUAUUUUUUCUUCACCACAUCGUUGAUUUCCUUUGGCUUUUUUUUGUCGGUGUUCUUCUCAAGAUCCAAGCUUGCAGCAAUUGCGGCGAUAUUCUCCCUCUUUGCUGCAUUGAUGCCACGAUAUCUCUUCUUCCGGACAAGCAAUGGACAAGCCAUUGUGGGGAAAACUAUAGCUUCAUUACUGCCCCCCACAGCAUAUGCCUUUGGAGUGGAUCUUGUGGCACACUAUGAAGGAAGUGGCUAUGGUCUAACAUGGGCAGAUAUUGGAGAAGAUGGGUUUUCCAUUUGGAGAGUUCUCAUGCUUUUGCUGGCAGACUCAGUGCUAUACAUAUUAUUGGCUUGGUACUUGGAACAAGUGAUUCCAUCAGGAUACGCGGCACGACAAUCUCCAUGGUUCCUCUUUUCGCCUUCCUACUGGCACAAAUGUGCAGGGAACAACCACACUGAUACUUACCAGAAAUUGAGCACCACAGAUGAGAUGGACGACAUUGUUGAAGGUGACAUUGAGCCAUUAUUUUCAAGCGGCGACGAGGCAGCAAUACGCAUCGAGGGUCUGCGAAAAGUGUACAAUGAUGGAAAAGUUGCAGUGACUGGUCUUUGCUUGGACUUCUUCGAGAACAAUGUUACGGCUCUCUUAGGUCACAACGGAGCUGGGAAGAGUACCACUAUAUCCAUGCUUACGGGUAUGAUCCAGCCCACAAGUGGAGAUGCAAAAAUCUUGGGUUACAGCAUUUUGAGCAACAUGAAUGACGUUCGAAGGAUCAUUGGAUUUUGCCCUCAACAAAAUGUUCUCUUCGGCUACUUGACCGUGAAGGAACAUCUGGAAUUGUAUGCUGCUGUGAAAGGGGUCCCCAGACAUUCUAUCCCUCUUGUUGUGGGCGACAUGAUUGUGAGUCUCGAAUUAAAGGGAAAAACCGAAACGCGCGUAGCUUGUCUUUCCGGAGGCAUGCAACGAAAGCUGCAGGUGGGGCUAGCUAUGAUAGGGGACUCAAGAGUAGUGUUUCUGGAUGAGCCCACAUGUGGUUUAGAUCCCCAGUCAAGACGCAGUGUGUGGGACCUUCUAAGAAGCUUCAAACAUGGCCGAGCCAUUGUCCUCACCACACACUACAUGGACGAGGCUGAUUUAUUGUGCGACCGUAUCGCCAUCAUGAGCGAGGGCCGACUUCGCUGUUGCGGUACCAGUCUCUUUCUCAAAUCAAAGUUUGGCGUUGGGUACAACCUCCGUAUGACACGUAACAAUCUUUCCUCUAGUGAUGCUACGGCUGUGGCGGCGCUGGUGAAGCACUAUGUUCCGCAAGCAAUCCCUCUCAGCUCAGCAGGUGGGGAGAUCUCUUUCCAGUUACCAAGCUCCAACAAAGCUGCGUUUUCGCAGCUGUUUCAAGAAUUAGAAGGAAAACUGGGUGCUUUCUCCGUUAGCAGCUAUGGUGUCUCAAUGACUACGUUGGAGGAGGUUUUCCUACGAUUAGCAGACAAUGACGAAAGUCCUUUGAAACACCAAAAACACUGUAUUCCCCCAAAUGACUUACCGAGUACAUUCACUGUUGAAAUCCCCUCAUGUAAACCAUCAUUCUCAAUUGAGAAGAGGAAGAGGAGCCGCACUCGUGCAUUUAAGCAGAUGUUUUUGAAGCGUGCCAUUAUUGCAAAGCGCGACAUGAAGGCAUUUGCCAAUUCCGUACUUCUCCCAGUUGUUGCCAUUGGUCUUGUUAUGCUGAUUAUGAAGCUCAAUAUCGACCCAGCUGGACCUCAAUUGCAGAUCAAUUUUGAUAUGUAUAGUAGAACUGUGACGGGAAGAAAGGAAUUCCCUCCAGUGGCAGUAAUUCCCGUAGCUGGACCCAUACCUUCCAACUAUUUGCCCCUUCAAGGUGGAAGUAAAUUUGUAAGAUUUGACCCAGAUGAUGCAGUGAACAACAGCAUCCAGAUAAGCCAACAGCUUCUAAGCUCUCUGUUCUGUGUACCAGCUCGAUUUGGAGCUGUAGUCAUCAACGACACAUUAUGGCCAAGGACCAAUUUCACUUCCCAACAAACCGAUGAAACCAUUGGAAAGCUUUGGAAGUCGUAUAAAGCUGAAACUGGAAAUGGCCUUUCGAGCGCUGUGACUCUUAUGUAUAAUACAACAUCAGAUCACUCCUUUCCAGCUUUGAUUCAAGAGUUGGCUCAAAUGACAUUUCGGGCAAGAACGAAGAAUGCCUCAGCUACUUUGCACAUGUCAAGCCACCCUUUACCUCUUACCAAGAAUGAGGCACUUCUUGUUCAAAACAUCUUGACAGGAUUGGCUGCUCUUUUUACACUCAUCCCAUUGUCCUAUUGUGCCGCAAGCUUUGCUGUCUUCGUGGUUCAGGAACGGGAGGUCAAGGCUAAGCUAUUGCAGAUGGUGAGUGGAGCAUCCACGUUUUCAUACUGGGCAGCGGCGUAUGUAUGGGACAUGUUAACAUAUUUAAUUAUAGUGAGCACCACUAUGUUGGUGCUAGUGUUAUACAAAGACCAGUCCUUCACAGGGUCUUGGGCAAAAGCAAGUGCUGCUAUUGCACUGCUUAUUGCCUUCGGUUUGGCAGUCGUUCCCCUCACUUACUGCUAUUCGUUUGCCUUUUCCAAUCAUGCCAAUGCCCAGGUAGCGAUAGCAGGAAUUCACUUGAUCACUGGUUUUGGAGCGCUUGGAAGCAAUAUUCUCCUGGCUUCUCUAGAGAACACCAAGGUUUUGAGUGAGCGUCUGAUCCUGGUGUACCAGUUCUUUCCACCAUACAACUUGGGAAAAGGGCUUGCUAAUUUAGCUGCUCUGGAUCUGGAGAGCACCAUGGACGGACGUCCGAGUAAUCCUUGUCGUUGGGAUGUUACCGGUCACUCGCUAGCGUUGAUGCUGGUGGAGGCUGUGGGCUUUGCCUGUCUCACACUUAUCAUAGAUUCUAGCUCUUGGUUACCCUCUUGGCUCUCCUUCACAGCACACUCUACUUCCAAACCCAGCAUGUACUUAGAGGUGAAUACUAUAGAAGAAGAUGACGAUGUCAGAACUGAGCGCCAGCGAGUGGAAGGAGGUUUGGCGGCGAAAGACACAGUUGUAGUGUACAAGCUGAACAAAAUGUAUCCUGGGCAAGGCGUAGACGAGGCGAAGGUGGCCGUCAGAAAUCUCUCGCUUGGCAUUCCACCGGGACAAUGCUUUGGCUUCCUAGGUGUAAAUGGAGCAGGUAAAACCACCACUCUCUCAAUCUUGAGUGGCGACACAAAACCAACAAGUGGUGAUGUGUUCAUCACCGGCAACUCCGUGUUGAGUAAACUGCCUGCAUCUCAGAAGCAAAUAGGCUAUUGUCCCCAGUUUAAUCCAUUGCUGGACCUUAUGACAGCCAGGGAACAUCUGCACAUGUAUGCCAGCUUGAAAGGAGUUCCCUCUCAGAGUGUGAGGAAGGUUGUUACUGAUUUGGUCCAAGCUGUUGGCCUUGAGAAGUACGUGGACCAGCUGGCGGGUUCUUACAGUGGCGGCAACAAGCGCAAGCUUGCUCUUUGCAUCGCAAUGAUUGGAGACCCUGCGGUACUGUUUCUGGAUGAGCCCAGCAGUGGCAUGGACCCAGUCACGCGACGAGCCAUGUGGAACCUCAUCUUAAACGCCGUGGUAGAGAAGAACAUGAGCGCUGUUCUCACCACCCACAGCAUGGAGGAGUGCGAGGCGUUGUGUGGGCGCGUAGGCGUUAUGGUGGCGGGCAGCUUGGUCUGUCUAGGGUCCGUCCAACACAUCAAGUCUCAGUUUGGUCAAGGCUACACCGUGGAGUUACAGUGCUCACGCGCAGCUUCCCUCACUGAUCUCCACCACUUCAUGAAGUCGGAGUUUCCAGGUUCCGUUCUGGAGGAGGAGCGUAUGCUGAGAGUCAAGUAUUCACUGCCUCGAAACAGCCACUCUCUUUCGCAUGUCUUCUCAUCCUUGGAAAAAGCUAAGUAUGAUCUUGACCUUGAUGACUACAGUGUGAGCCAAAGCACACUAGAGCAGAUUUUCCUAAGUAUGGCCAGUGACAGAAAUGUCGACCGAGCUCAAAGGCCCAUGAAAUCAGAUACUCAUGUAUGUGAGGUGUAGCUGUCCUGGAAAAUUGCAUCCCAGAGUUAGCAGAAGAAACAUGCUGCAAAGUUCAACCGAGUUUUAGUGCAAUCAGGUAGUUCUUUUGUGGAAGAACAAAAUUUGGACGAUUGUGCAGCCUUCCUGGAUUCUCUCCAAAAUUUAAAUUAGUUUUGUAAACACGUAGUCUGUAGUUGUCAACCGACAGUCUAGGGAAGGCAGUUCGUUGCUCAUAGAAAGCGUGACCACAGGUAUGAUUGGAAGUGUGAACUUAUCACUCAAUAGAGAAGGCUGGAAAUUAUGUCAGCAACUUACACUGACUUUAGUUUUCAAACCGUAAAGAUUAGACCCUAUUCGGUGUCAGUGGAUAUUCUCGAAGCUCUUGAUGCACAUUGGCCAUGUCCGGUCGAUUCUAGGGCUCAAGGGCAAUGCGUCUAACGUUUUUUGGGGUCAUUUACAGAAAUUCAUGAAGAAGGUAAAUUCAAGCAUAGGUAACUGUUUGACCGUCAAGUGUCCGUCCAUUCAAUUUUGGGCUGGUAGAAAUUUUGACUGUUCAAA